AUGGCGCGCACGGCCCCUGUGGAGCCCCCGCUGCGGCAUCCCGCGCCCCCCUCGCUGGCCUCGGGCGAGCCCCGCACCUCAGUAGAGGCAGCGGUGGCCCCGCGGAGGGUGCUGUUCGCCGACGAGGCCCUGGGGCUGCCGCUGGCGCAGCUGCGCCGCUACCGGCCGUGGGGCGGGCCCGGGGCGGGCAAGAUGGCGGCGGCGGCCGGGCAAGAUGGUGACGGCGGCGGGGCUGAGGACGACGAUGGCGAGGAUGGGGAUGAAGGGGAGGAGGAAGAGGAGGCUUGCCCCGAGCCCUCGCCGUUGUGCCCCGUUCCCGCUGGCGGGGGGUUUUACCUGGUGCCCACAUUUUCGCUGCCGCCCGCGCCGGGCCGUCUGGAGCGCUUGGGGCGCGUCAUGGUGGAGCUGGAGGCGCUGCUGCCGCCUCCCGGAGCGGUCCCCGGGGGUGCCGGGGUGUGGGUGCCUGGGGGGCGCCCGCCAGUGCUGCGAGGGUUGGUCCGCGUGCUGAACCGCUCUUUCGAGAAGGUGGUGCACGUGCGGGCCUCACACGACGGCUGGGCUUCCUUCUGCGACCACCCAGCACGCUACGUCCCGCGCAGCCCGCCGGGGGCAGGAGUGGGAGGACCAGGAGCAGGAGAUCCCAUCUUGGAUCUGGGCCUUGGCCUGGGCCCUGGCCAGGUGUCCGCCUCCUCCCCCGACGACGGUGGCCGCACCGACCGCUUUGCCUUCCAGCUGCCCUUUGCUGAGGGCGCGGGCGAUGGGGCGCGCCUGGACUUCGUGGUGCGCUAUGAGACCCCCGAGGGCACUUUCUGGGCCAACAACCACGGCCGCAACUACACAGUUCUGCUCCGGAUUGCACCCGCUCCCAUACCCACUGAUGCUGAAGGGCUGCUCCAGCAGCAGCAGCUGGAGCCACAGCCCGAGUGCCAGGGCCCCGUGGAGGCUGAGGCCAGGCAGCUGAAGAGCUGCAUGAAGCCGAUGAGGCGCAGGCCUAACGAAGAGCUGAAGAUGAAGAGUGCGGACGAUAAUACCCCUGCUGUGGCAGAGCGUCCUGAUGUCCAGGAGACAGUGGGUCCCUUGGUGGCCCCUACACCUCUCCGUCCGUGGCCCCAGAUGACACUUCAGGUUUCUGAAGUUACAAUGACUGGCAGACCCCCAGAGGAAGGUGAUGUCACCAGAAGCAGCCUGCCUGUGACUUUCACAGAGGUUCCCCAGGCACCGGCCAUCAGGAUUCCCCUCUCUUCUUCUCUCUGUGGCCUGGGUCGCUCUCCCCGGGACCAGGCCUCGGGGCCUGAUGCAAGUGAGGGGGCAGCUGGGUCUCUCCUGGAACCGAGCCAGCGACAGAUGGAGGCCACGUGGGAAGUAUCCAGCGAGAAUGGAAGGGGCCGAAAGGAGCCCAUAGUGGGAGCUAUCAUGGACAAGCCUCCUGGGGGGCUGGAGGUCGUGAGUGGGUUGGAGGAGCUGCUUGGAGAGGACACCAUCGACCAGGAGCUGGAGCAGCUCUACCUGUCCCACCUGAGCCGCCUGCGGGCUGCUGUGGCUGCUGGUGGGGCAGGAGGUGGUGGGGAGGGUUCCAUAGAUGGAGGGGUGUCCCCCAGCCAUCCCCUGGGCAUACUCACAGACCGCGACCUGAUCUUGAAAUGGCCUGGCCCUGAGCGGGCCCUGAACAGUGCCCUGGCUGAGGAGAUCACGCUGCACUAUGCCCGGCUGGGGCGCGGUGUGGAGCUCAUCAAGGACACCGAGGACCCUGAUGAGGAGGGGGAGGGGGAAGAGGGGCUCUCCAUCAUACCCUCCAGCCCAGAAGGGGACACCCCUAAGGAAUCACCUCCAGAAAUCCUCUCAGGGGCCCCUUCUGUGGUAGCCACUAUGGGAGAUGUGUGGCUCCCAUGGGCAGAGGGUUCUGGAUGUAACAGCCCUGUGGCUCUGGGUAUAGAGGGUCAAUUCAGUGGGGCUCCAGAGAAGGGGACAAGCAAGGACUCUGACUCUUUGCAUGUGAGUAGGAUGAUAUCUGGGGUGACUGGGUCCUCAGGGGCCACAGAAGCCCAGAUGGAGUUUACCACUGAGUUGGCAGACAGGUGGAUUUCUAUAUCUGGCCAGGAGCCAACCACUCUGGUCCCACAGGGGCAAGAUCUCUCCCUCCUUGGUCCCUUAGGGACUGAAGUCUGUCCAUCCAGCCUGGCCAGGCCCCCUGUAAGCCCCCAGGAUGAAGGGGGUUCAGGCCCAAGCCUUGAGCCCCCGAAGAGGUCUCCUACCCUAGCAGACCCUGCAGAGAGCGUGUGUGUAUUGCCUCCUCAGCUCUGGGGACCCCUGACCCAGACUCUGGGGGUCCUAGCUGUGCUGGUGGUGGUCCCUGUGGCUCUGAACAAUGGUAUGUCCCUCCUGGUGCUUGCACUGUGCCUCUCUCUGGUCUGGUUCUUGUAGGAGCUGCUUGUGAGAUGAGCAAUAACAGGUUUCCCCUCUCUGGGGAGGGGCAGCCCCUGCAUCACCCGCCCCCCUCCCCAGAGGGUUCAGAUGGGAUGUGUGGUCUGUUCAGUGAACAGUCCUUUGCUUCUGAGAAUGCUCGACUAGAGAGAGGCCUCUCUGUCCCUCAGCUCUCCAGUGAGCAUGGGGUUCCCUGUGGCAAUACCAGUGGAGAAAAGUGGCACGGGGGGAUGGUGUAAGAACUUGCAGAAUGGAAUUGGGCAUGUCCUCCCCUCCCACCCCACCCUCAAGCCUGUAUUUAUUUUUGUAUAAUUCUCUGGUUGAGGGAGAGUGGUCAUGAGCUGGUCUUGGGGCACAAUUACCCAGAGAUGUAUUUAUUAACAGCCAACCUGUGCAACCUGCUGGAGCUUUAUUUUUAAUUUAAUUUAUAUAGAGUACCUAUUAUUA